AUGCUGGAGCACUGUUUUGAAGUGUUUUAUGACCCAACCUGUGCCUCCACCAGUACAAGACAACCUCAGGAAUCCAUUGAGAUCACACUGGAACAUGGGGAGUGGAUGAAGAGGAAGAAGAAAAAAAAAAAAUCUGGUCAGGAAGAAUGGCAGGCAUUUCUACGAAGGCUUUUCAACAACUUCCAACGCAAUCUGAGAAAUCACACACACAAGUUUUCCUGUGAUGCAGUGAUGGAAGCGUUCUCUCUUCGCAGGGCGAGCAGUGCCAAAGAACUGGUUUCUGGUUCAUCGAGCAGCGAUUUUGAAGAGGACACAAUUGAGUUUAGAAGUGUUGAGAAAAAGAAGACGAAUAAAAAGACUAAAACGGUUGCCAAGACAACGCCUCAUAGACUUAUCUCAAGUAGUUCUUCAGACAACAGUUUAUCGACCAAACAUGAUUUAGAGAUUUGGAUUGAGAUUUAUCUUGAAAAAGAAAACAGAUGGCUUUCUGUGGACUGUGUUGAUCUUGUGUUUGAUGACGUUGGUCACUUUGGCAAAUUAUCCAACCAGCAGCUAGUUUAUGUUAUUGCAUUUGAUAAUGAUGGCUACCUCAAAGACUUGACUGCUCGCUACUCUGAUGACUUUCUGGUGAAAACGAGAAAGCUGCGAGUGGACAAAGAAUGGUGGGACGAGACAUUGAAGCCUUAUGUAAACACGAGUGCAGAUGAUGUCAAAGAAGACGAGCAAAUAAAAGAGGUCAAUGAACAAUUUCUUUCCCCAUUUUUUAGGUAUGCCUUGAAGCGCCACCUUCUCAAGUUCGAAGCUAUCUACCCCAACUCUGCAGUACCCCUAGGUUUCAUUAGAAACGAACCAAUUUAUGCCAGAGAAUGUGUGGUUCAGUUACAUGCCCGGGAGACAUGGAUGAAAGAAGGAAGAUGUGUGAAGGUUGGUGAAGAACCUUACAAAAUGGUUAAAUCCAGGCCGAAAUGGAAUAAACCAAAAGAAAAUCCUGAUAUUCCAGAUCUUGAAGUUUUUGGUUUCUGGCAGACCGAAGUCUACGUUCCCCCUCCAGCUGUCAAUGGUAAAAUCCCCCGUAAUGAAUAUGGAAAUGUUGAGCUGUAUAAACCAUCCAUGUUACCAGGAGGAACAGUCCAUUUGACAGAGCCAGGCCUCAAUCGCGUCGCCAGGAAGCUGGGUGUAGACUGUGCCGCUGCAAUGGUUGGCUGGGACUUCCAUGGUGGAUCUUCUCAUCCUGUAUUUGAUGGUUGGGUUGUGUGUGUUGAACACAAGGAGAAAGUUCUGGCUGAAUGGCACAAAGAACAACAACUUGCUAAAGAAAGAGAAACCGCGAAACGGGAAAAGCGUAUCUAUGGAAACUGGAAGAAGCUUAUUCGUGGACUGCGAAUUCGAGAAGCCUUGAAGAGGAAAUACGACUUGCAGGAACCUGAAGACUUUGGAGAAAUUCAAGCAGAAGAGACAAAAGACGAAAAUACUCAGAGUGUUGUUGCUAAGUCUACCUCGGUUGCUACUGUCGACGACGGCAACGACAAUGAUGAGGAUGAUGAUGACGACAACGACGGCGAUGAUUGUCAACCAAAGAAUCGGCAGAAACCUUUUAAAAGAAAACCUCCUGCUGCAAAAGCCAAGGCUUUGGAAGGGGAGGAGAUGUUGCCUUCAGCGAAGAAGAAGAAGAAAACAACACAAACAACAGCAAAAACAAAAGCAAUAAAAAAGAAGAAAUAACAAAAAAGAAAGAUGCUUCUCUUACAACAACUGAAUUAUGGGUACAUGGGAGGAAGGACUUUUAAAGAUCGGCUCAGGGUGGGCUUCUGUUGGGUUGCCAUAACGACAUAUAUCAUACAUUGCACAUUUAUCACACGGACAUCAGUUGUUGGUUUUAUUUUUGUAAUAUUCAUAUUUGGGGUGUUUUUUAUUCUUGUCAUUUUAUAUUUUGUUUCUAUUAAUUAUUGUUAUAUUGUUGCGGCAGAAUUUGUAGGCGGAACAAAAUGUCCUUUGGUAUUUUGUUAUGUUUUUUUUUACCUUCAUCUUUCUGUUGUUGAUUAAAGCUGACUAGAGUCAUUUUUUCAUCUC